UGCGUCAACUCAAGAAUCUCUCUUGGCAAGGACAUCUCCAACAGAAGCGCGUCCGGACCACGCAACAGACUGGAGAAGAAUUGCCUUACUUUUGUUGACAGUACAACGAAAGAGAAUGAACAUUCUUGAAAGGUGGAUUAAACUGGGAAAAGAAUCGUGGUUAAGGAAAAUGAACAAAAGUGAGUAGUGAGAAUCAUCUGAAAACGCUGCAGGUUACAAGUAUCAAAGUGCUUGAUUUUGAAGUAGGGAGAGCACGUGAACAUGUUAUGGGAUUUUCUUGAAAAAAACAUGGAGUGUAAAAAUAGCCUACAACUGAUCUUUGAAAGGAAAUUACUUGCGUGAUAAACUAUCUACACGUGGCUCCUUCGAUGUUGAUUUCUCAAAUACGGGGAUGGUGACAAAACACCCACGGAAGGAUUUAUGGAACCGCACUGCAAAGUCAAAGAAGUAGAAUAUGCAAAUCUGGUAACUGUCCACUGAUUGUGUGUGAAUUACCGGCGUCCUCAUACUGAAUUUAGAUGCGUCCAUGUUCCUGCCAUAGGCAAGGACAUUCUUUGCUUGUUUCCCCCAUGUAAGCUGCUUUAUCGUGCCAUGUAAAAACGCAACAUGACUAAACGGCACGAUAUAGUUGCCAUAGCCUGUUAAUGUUGCGCUGGACCUGCUCUGUGCCUGCUCAUGAGAUAGAGAGAGCUUAUUUUUUUUGCUCCAUGUUGGAUAUGGACAGAAGUGCACGGACCCGCCUCGUCUGUCAUUACCCAGAACAAGUCAGACCAACAUAGCACAAAUAUGAUCGAUAGACUAUAUUGAUUGGCUCACAUAUAAGGGUGACCGAUCGGUCUUUCCUAUGUUUAUUUGACGCGCAUGGAAGAAUUUGUGGGGAAAGUUCCGCUUAACCACAGAUCAGACUGGAAUUGUAAUGAAAAAAAUCCUACCAAACAUCCGGAGUUAGAGGCGAAAUUAAAACAUUUGGCGGAAAGGGAAUUUGGGAAUAUAAAAAGUUACCAGUGACGACGACCUCUCUUCUCCUAUGACUACAGAGCUUGUCGUUUAAGGUUGAUGAGGACAUUUUCGCAAGAUGAUCACCCCGCUAAGGAUGGUGAGAAUGCAUCCAAAGCAGCGAAAAGUACGGGGGGCGACGGCAGAAAGAAAAUCCAUGUAGCUGAUCUCUCGUUGGAACGAGGAAACUAUGGGGUGAUUGUCACUUUGUACAACAGACGGUAAACCAUGGAUAUGAACUUUUCCACUGUACUGGAUAGCAACGUGUCGGAAAGAGACUCGUCGAAACGGGUGUUAACAGGCUGUUUUCUGUUUCUCCUCAUCCUUACCACGUUAUUGGGGAAUACAUUGGUGUGCGCAGCCGUUACCAAGUUCCGUCACCUGCGCACGAAGGUAACCAACUUUUUCGUCAUCUCACUGGCCAUCUCUGAUCUGUUGGUUGCUAUCCUGGUGAUGCCAUGGAAGGCAGCCACGGAAAUCGUUGGCUUUUGGCCCUUCGGCGCCUUCUGUAACGUCUGGGUGGCAUUUGACAUCAUGUGCUCCACUGCCUCCAUCCUGAACCUUUGCGUCAUCAGCGUGGAUCGCUACUGGGCAAUAUCUAGCCCCUUCCGCUACGAGCGGAAGAUGACUCCCAAGGUGGCCUUUGUGAUGAUCAGCGUGGCGUGGACCCUGUCUGUGCUCAUCUCCUUCAUACCUGUGCAGCUGAACUGGCACAAGGCGCAGACAACCAGCUACAGCGAGCUCAACACCACCUACCUGGACAUCCCGCCCGACAACUGUGACUCCAGCCUGAACAGGACGUACGCCAUCUCCUCCUCCCUCAUCAGCUUCUACAUCCCCGUGGCCAUCAUGAUUGUCACCUACACCCGCAUCUACCGCAUCGCCCAGAAGCAGAUCCGCCGCAUCUCCGCCCUGGAGCGGGCUGCGGAGAACGCCAAGAACCGGCACAGCAUGGGCGCGGGCAACAGCUCUGGCGUCGGCGAGUCCGAGAGCUCCUUCAAGAUGUCCUUCAAGCGCGAGACCAAAGUCCUCAAGACCCUGUCUGUGAUCAUGGGCGUGUUUGUGUGCUGCUGGCUGCCCUUCUUCAUUCUCAACUGCAUGGUGCCCUUCUGCGAGCCCAGCGUGGACGGCAGCGACCUGCCCUGUAUCAGCUCCACCACCUUCGACGUCUUCGUGUGGUUCGGCUGGGCCAACUCCUCCCUCAACCCCAUCAUCUACGCCUUCAACGCCGACUUCCGCAAGGCCUUCUCCAUCCUGCUGGGCUGCCACCGCCUCUGCCCCAGCACCGGCAACGCCAUCGAGAUCGUCAGCAUCAACAACAACGGACCGGUGCCGCCGGCGCCACCACCGCCGCCCCUGGCCAUCUGCCAGGAGUAUCAGACCAAGGGGCCUCUGCCCAAGGAGCUUAACAGCAACAGUGGCAGUUUUGUCAUCCCCCACAGCAUCUUAUGCCCGGAGGAGGACGAGGUGCUGCACUAUGAGCAGGAGCAGGAGGAGGAGGAGGAGGAGGAGGCGGAGGAGGAGAUGAUGACUGGGGUUAAGGAGUUUGAGAAACUCUCCCCCUCCGCCUUGUCCACCAAUGUGGAGAGUGACGCUGACGCUGAUGUGGACAUGGACGUGGACGUCUCAUUGGAAAAGAUUAACCCCAUCACGCAGAAUGGCCAGUACAAACCCGUGGUCUGCUGAGCCUUCUGUGAAACUCUAUGGUGUUGUUAAAGGAGGAUUCUUGACAAUUUGAACAUGCAGCUGUGGUGCUCACGCAACCCUUGCCUUGACAAUACCUGAUGGCAUAGCAUUUUGUUGUUGUUGUUGUUGUGGUUGUUGUUGUUGUUGUUCAGCCUUUUCUGAGAACCUCGCUAUUAUAAUGGGGACAUGGUUUGUUUACAUAAAAAUCUCUUCACAUUCUCAUCCCGAAAGUCAUCAACAUCAGCAGACACUUUACAACACAAUAAUAACUUUUGGGAUGAUAUUUGAAACAUGUUAAGACGAACAAACCCAUGCCCCCAUUAGAAUGGCCAGGAUCACGCAAAGGGCUAAACAAACAAACAAACAAGCAAGCAAACAAAAAAUGGUGCCGUCAUCAGGUACUGACAAGUCAAGGGCAGUGUGAGCAAUACAACUGCAUGUUGAAGUUGGCAGGACUUCUCCUUUAAGUGAAGAACAGACAGGAGGUUGAAGAACUUUAAAACGUUGGAUUCUGCAAACUAUUAGAACCUCAUGGAGGGUUGGAGAGGGACCAGCAUCACAGCUUGGGAAUUCCAAGCUGAGCUUCACUGAAGACCUUAAAAACUGUUACUCUACAAUGUGGGAAUCAAAAGAAUGUCUAAACUCGAUGGCACUUUACCUUGGAUAAUUAUCUGCAAAACACUCUCAGCAUUUAUUAAUGACAACUAACGUGUUUAUUAAUAAAUGCUUCAACUUGAAUUAAACAAACG